AUGGGGCGCGAAGACCAAGUCGAAGAACGCGAGGUUCUAGAUUCCAUUUUUGCGGACGAGAUCACAGACAUAUCCGAGACCGAGUACAGAAUAUCAAUUCCGCUAGACAUUCCGGAUGACGAAAAUGAGCCGCCUGUCAUGCUUCUGACGGUGCGAUACCCGGACGAGUACCCAGACAAGGCCCCAUUCCUCGAACUUGCGGCGUCCCAGAAUGCAUCCCCACACCAGUUUCUGAAUGUUGCCGAUGACAAGGCGCAGUUGCUUCAGGACCUGCAAGCAACUAUCGAGGAAAACCUCGGAAUGGCCAUGGUCUUCACCUUGGUUUCAGCUCUGAAGGACGCCGCGGAGCAGUUGGUGCUGGAGCGCAGGAACGCUGCCAUAAGGGCCCACGAAGAGAAGGUCCUAGCAGCCGAGCGCGAAGAGAACAAAAAAUUCGACGGGACACCAGUCAAUCGCGAGACAUUCUUAAAGUGGAGGGAGUCAUUUUUGCAGGAGAUUGAAGAGGCACGUUUAAGGGAGGAAGAAGAGAAAGCCGCCGAGAUGAAGAAGGCCAGGAUAAAAGAGCCUGCCAAACUCACGGGGAGGCAACUCUGGGAGCGUGGUCUCGCGACCAACCAAGAUGAGGGUGAUGAGGACGAAAUUCCCACCGAGGAUGUACAGAAGCUCACGGUCCAAGAUUCCUGA